AAGAGAAUCAAAUUUAACUUUUUGUUUUUUAAUGAGGUGAUAUCAAUCUCAGAAACCUUAGUUGGCAAAACUUUUUUAAGCUCUGAUGGAUUUAUCCAGUAAGAUAACAAGCCUGUAACUGUCUUACUCUCUUUUAGCCUGGUGUUGGCUUCCAGCAUAAAUAAAGUGUCUGCCACAUUUCUUCUUCUUCUUCAUCGUUCUCAUUGUUAUGUUGGAGUGUUCAUAUGACUAGACCAGUACAUGAGAUGAACUGCGCAGUGGUUUCCAAAUCAGGGAGCUCUCCAUAUAGUUUUCUUUCUAUUGGGGUGAUUUGGGGCCAAUGUCUUAUGCAGGCCUCUUGGUAGAGAGAGCAGUUUUGGAGGACGUGGUCGGCAUUUUCUGGUGAUACUCCACAUGGGCAGAUUUCACUGGUUCCAAUUUUGAGCUUCCGGAACAUGUGUUGUCGCAUUCUGUUGUGUCCGGUCCUGAGUCGAAAGAUUAGACGUUGGUCUUGUCGGGAUAGCUUAUAGUAAGUGUCAUCUUUCUUGUGAUUUGGAUGGGAGCUCGUCCAUUUCUCAUUUAUUUUAUCUACAAUUAAUUUCUUCAUUUCUUCUGGAUAGAGUGCAGAGUUUACUUGUGAGUUUGUUCUCCCACUCUUGGCGAGUGUGUCAGCCUUCUCAUUUCCUGCUAGUUGUAUGUGAGCUGGUAUCCAUUGGAUAACAGUUUUUUUGCUGUUGUUGUUGAGCUUUGUAAGUGCUGUUCUGAGGUUUUUAAUAUGAGGGGAAUCAGAGUUUUGCAAGCUUUGGAGGGUUGUUUUCACAUCUGUUAGAAAGACAAUCUGACUGUGAGGGGAACUUGGAUGAUUUGCUAACAUGGUAGCAGCUAGUGCUAGUGCUUCCCUUUCUGCUCUGUGACUGUCAGAGAACUCUCCAGUUGCAAUGGAUUUUUCUAGUUUUCCUCCAUCUGGCCAUUCGAUAAGUAUUCCAGCUCCUCCAUUUGUGGUGGCUUUAUGGGAUGAGCCAUCCGUGUAAACUCUGAUCCACUGAUUGCUAGGGUAAUUGGUAUUUAGAAAACAGUUCACUAUUUCCUUGAGCUCUGUUGGUCUGUAAUCAGAUUUUCUUUUUAUGUUUUCAAUAUGGUCCCUUGUAGUAGGAAGAGGGCUUUCAUCCCAGGGUAGAGAUUCAUUAUAGUGUAUUGAGGAUUCCAGAGUAAUUUUUUCAAGUUGGUGUUUCUUUUUUAGGUUUAGAGAUUCCUGUAUGAAAUUGGUCCUUUUGAGACGUUUUUUUGUGCCAGUUUUGUGGAUUUUUGUUCUGAGUGGGUGCCUCUCCAAGGUUUCCAAUUUAGUGAAUUGGGAAAGGAUUUUUAUUUCUCUUCUUUCAUCCAGAGAGAUCAGGGCAGCGGUUUCCUCCAUAGCUCUUAUGGGUGUUGUGUUGUUUUUAUUGCUCCUGUCAUUAUCCUUUGACCAAUAUUUUGAACCUUGUCUAUUUUUCUUAGGUUGGUUUGGGCUGCUGAGCCCCAUGCUGUGGCACCAUACAGGUCUUACAUAACUGGUAUAGGUCUUUUUCAGGAUGUUGUGAUUAGCUCCCCAAUCUGUGCCAGCUAAUUUUUUCAAGAGGGAUAGUCUCUGGAUGCCUUUACUCUGUGUUUUAUCUAUUUGGUUUUUCCAGGUUAGUCUCGGGUCAUAGGUGACUCCAAGAUAAGUAGGGCUGUCAUUUUUUUCUAAAGCUUCCAAAUCUAAUGUUAAUUUUAUUGUUUGUUGUUUUGUUGACAGUGAGAAUAUGGUAUAUGUGGUCUUUUUUGUGUUGAUGGACAUGCCCCAGUCUUUGGACCAAUUAUUGAGUUUAUCAAGAGCAUCUUGUAAUCGAAAUUUCGAUGUUCCUACAUAUUCUUCUGUGCUAAUUAUGGCAAGGUCAUCUGCAUACAUGCUGCUUUUAACUUUUCUAGGAUUUUACAUGUGAUGCUGGUAAGCAUAUGCCCUGCACUCUACAUUCGAUCUUGUCACUGGUUACCCAGCAUACAGAGACAAAGAAUAUGAACAUUUGCAAAGUUGCACUAUAUCUCCUGGAAUACCAGUAAAUAGAAAUACUGUUUCAGCAAAUGAAGUCAACUUCAUACAGAAUCUAGUUUUUUAUGUGGAGAGAACUUAUAGAACACCUGACUAUGACUAUGGGAAAGAGGAAAUAUAACAAUAAAAGCACAGAGAUUCAUGCCAGUUGGCAUUGCUAGAGCAGCAUUAAGACAGUCAAUGAAUGCAACUUAUUUGGUGAGCAUGGAGCCACCUGGUCUGGGAUUUUUGUUAAUAUUGAUGCCCACCACAGGAACAGAACAAUCUUACCCUGGGAAUCAAACUCUGAGAACACUGAUGCCUCUCUUCUAUUGAGUGUAAGUUGGCCUGCAUUAGCCAUAAAUGAAGAUGAUGUUAGAAUGAAUACAAUUGAGAAGGUCCUUCGCAAGUUAAAAGGCAACUUUGGUAUCAAACAUUUUCCUAGAGAUAGGUACAAAACAGCUAUAGAGGACAAAAAUAGAAAGUAUUACCGCCCUGCUGAAAUAAAGUUUAUAAGCACAGUAAGACUUUCUGAUCUUUUGGCAUCAUUUUACUAAGCUCAGAAGACAGAAACUGCCAGACAGUCUGCUCUGAACUCCCAAGAGUACUCAAAUUACCAGGCCCCUUCAUAUGUUGACCUAACAAAGUCAAAGUUGCCAAGGAGAGUUGAGUAAAUAGAAGCAUACUGAUGGAUAUCCUAACUUCAUGUUAUUAAUGGGCUACUGAGGAGUUAUAUAUUAUAGCCUGAUAUACAAGUACCUUUACAAGUUCUAUCUCUCCAAGAACUGGAUUAUAUUAAUUUGAACUAACAGAAGCCCCUAGUAAGUAAUUAUCUUGGAUUACCUAGUUGUGAACUUCCUAACCACUGUGGAUUAUUUUGUGGAUUACUUGACAGAACUGGUAUUAAUUGUAAAUUUGAGCAUUUGAGCCAUCUUAUGGCAUUGAACUGGAUUAUUUUUCUACUAACACUUUAAUGCUCAUAGUGACGUGUAUUCUUAAAUUGGAUUACUUAUACAUGGAUUAUUAUUCUUAAAUUGGAUUACCUAUACAUGGAUUAUUAGUCAACCACCCAAGCUAUAUUUGCAUCUAACAAGCUACAAGAGAGAAGAGGAUUAAACUACACGAGUCAACAAGAAAAGAGUCUGUAAGUGAUUAUUAACAAAUUAAAUACAUGCAUAUGAUUAUAAAGUACAUGGAUUUUGCUUUGAUAUAGCAGUAAUUAAACUUGAUUGUUAGUAGAGUUAGUAAUUGAUAACUCUUGGCAUUCUUGGAGCCAUAUUUUGAUUUCAUUUUUCUAAGUGUUCUUUUAGGGGUGGCUGGAGAGGGACUAUUUUAUGAACUAUCAUAACAUAGGAUCUAUUAGGGUCUAUCCUAUUUGUUCUCUGACCUCUAUAAGGCCCAAUGCGUUUGAGGCUCUCCUUGUUGGUACGGAGGUCAUAGAAUAUAGUGGGAAAAUAUUUAUUUAGCUGUUGAGUCUUGUUUGUAUUUCUGUCAGUGUACUUAAUCUGUAUCUAUAUUGUUGUUUGUUUAAAAGUCCUGUAUCCAUAUAUCUGUAUUUCUCCUGUCAUAUUUCUACUUUUUAUUAAUUUCUUUAAAAGCAGACUGUGUUGUUCUCUAUAUUGUUUCUGUGUUUGUCUUUUUUACUUAUAUUGUACAUAUAUUUUUGUUUCUUUUACUAAUUUACAUUUUUUUACUAUUUUACUUUGGCACAACAGCACAUAUGCAUAACAUAUGUUGAUAUUUAUGACUAUUGAAUUUGAAUAGUUUAUAAUUGAGUAACUGAGUAAAUUUUGAUCUAGAUCUAUACAUUUGUUUGACAAUUCUCAUUACAUUCUUUCAUUACAUUAUAACCAUUGAUUGAACUUCUUAUUAUUGUAUAAUACACACAUGUAAAAUAAUUGACACACAUUGUAUUGAUAGCGAUAACAGUACAUUCUUUUCUCACUUAAUUAACUACACAAAGCAUUAAACAUGUCAUCCUAUGACAAAAUAUUAGAGCUAGUGAAAAUCAUGGAACUAGAAGGGGAUGAGAAAAAGGAAUUUAUCAAAAAAGAAUUAGAAAAAGCUGAAAAAGAAAAAGAUAGAAUAGAAAGGAAAGAAAGGGAGGAAAGGGAAGAAAAGAAACAAAUUAGAGAUAGGGAAGAAAGAGCUGCUGAAAGAGCUCAUCAAAAAGAAUUAAAAGAACUAGAAACUAAACAAAGAGAAAGCCAGGACAAAGUAGAGUUAGCCAAACUAGAAGCUGCCAAAACAAAUCCCAACAUUAUAACCCAACAGUCUACAACAAAGCCAUUCAUUUCUAAAUUCCAUAAAUACAAUUCAAAAGAUGAAACACUUGAAAACUAUUUAGUCCAAUUUGAGCAUAUUGCCUCAACUUAUAAUCUUAACAAUGAGGACAUGGCCAAACACCUACUAGCAAAUUUGUCGGGAGAACCCCUCAACAUCAUUUCCACUCUAACAAUAGAUCAAAAGAAAGACUAUGCAGCAGUAAAGACUAGAUUACUAGAACACUUUGGGAAAAAUUCAGACUUCUAUCGUAAGCUGUUCAGGGACACUAAAUUGAAAAAAGAUGGGGACUUCAACAGAAUAAUAUUCGACAUGAGGACUAAUAUGAUAAAAUGGUUAGAGCUAGCAAAAUGUGACAUCAAGGACCCGACACAAAUCCUAGACAUGCUACUUAUUGACAAUGUCCUCAACAACGUGACAGACUUAGUAUUUACUUUCCUUAAAGAAAAAAAGAUCAAGACAGAGACUGAACUGAUAACAAACCUAAAUUUAUUUAAAGACAGUCACCCUGGACACACGAUUGACAAAAGAGACCUACACCAACUCGUAGCCACAGCAACAACAUUCAACAACAACAAUGAUAAAUUCAAAUGGUCCAACACCAAGACUUGUUUCAAUUGUGGGAGAAAAGGUCACGUGAAAAACCAAUGCAAAGCUCCUAUAAACUACAAUAACAAUUACAGAUACAGAAGCUAAUUUGUUGAAUCUGGGAAGAAAUGGGCAUAUUGAAUGGUUAUCAUUAUGAAA